CCUCUUAUUCGCCAGUCAUGGCGGCCAUCAUGACUCCCCAUGGCUCUGUGGCUGUACCUGCACACAUACCUCUACCCUUACCCAAGACAUGUCUAUUUCCCUACAUAUCCACAAACCCAGCCACAAAUUGUCCUAUAUUCUCAGCCCACCUACAAGGUCAUUCCAGAUGCUCAGGACCUUGCUCUGCAGGUACCUAUGACAUCACUAGCUAUCCAUAUCCUCCUGUGACCUCACUAAAUGGACAGCUCAGCCAAGCUGGGCUGUGGCCACUCCCUCAAACCACAAGUGGCAAAGGGCAUAGAUGACCACCGAGCCCUCGGGGGACAAUGGAGCUGCCAGCAGCCCCACACCUGGCUCUCCUGAGGCCUCCCUGUCCAACAGCAGUCCUACAGACAGCACAAUAGGGACAUCCCAAGAUGAGGUGUCCCCCCCUACAGAUGUCUUGGUGUCAGAGAGCAGCCCUGCUCAGGUGUCAGACAGCAGCCCUGAUGAAUCCACUGGACAGGAGGAUGCAGAUCAGGCCUCUCUCAAGACAGUCAUAUCCAUGUCUGGAGAUACAUACCAGGAUGAAAUUGCUCCUGGCGGGAGCCAGGAAAUGCCUAAAAAGAUGACAUUUCUGUUUCCCAGGCAAGAAUCAGUUGGCCUGCAAGUGUCCACGAGCCUCCCGAACCCAGCCUGGGACAGGGCAGUUGAAGACUCAAGGGCAACUCACAGUAUGGUGGCUCUCCCAUAUCACUCCCUGAGCAAGGAAAAGAUACCCCAAAUGGAGGGCGUUUCCAACACGAAGCCAGAAUUAGCUCCAUAUGCCCCAAGUACUGAGGGCUGGGUAGACUCUGAGUCUACCCAAAGUCCAGAGCUUCAGCCCACUGUGAAUGAUACGGAUACAUCCACUAUUGACACCCAAGAUCAGCCUGACCCUCAGGCCACCAGUACCACCAAUGAUGCUGAGAAGAAAACUGGGAGUCCAAAGGCCUUACACUUCGACACCAAAAUUUUGUCAUCAGAUGAGUUCCAGACAGUGACAGAGGAGGAUGUGGUGAACAACUCAGGAGAAUGGCAGGCACAGUCUUACUCUCCCUCCCCAGAAGGCAGUGUCUCCCUAUUGUCCAGCCCCCAGGAGGUGGCCCUGGAGAGGACGCCCCUGGAUCCCAACCUGUACAUGGCCAGUGAGGAGAACAACUACAUGAGAUCCAUGACCAGCUUGCUGGGCGGGGGUGAGGGUUCUAUCAGCUCCCUGGCAGACAUCCUGGUGUGGUCUGAGACCACCGUGGGCAUGGGCAUGGCCACAGGCUUCCUGGCCUCUGGCCGCAGCACUGUGGCAGAUAUACUGCACCUCCCGGGGCCCAGCCUGCGUUCAGUCUCCAGCAUCCUGGGCAGCGCGAGCUCAGCCUUUUCCUCUGGGCUGGCUUCUGGCACCGGCUCGGCCUUACGCUCUGUCACCCAUAUGCUAGAGAUGGUGGAGCGGAGGACUGUGGAGGGCAUCCGCUCUGCCAUGCGCUACCUGACCAGUCACCUCACAACACGCCGGGCCCAUGCUGGCCCUAAUUGUGAUUAGACUCCUACACAGCAACCCCUGAAAGACUGGCUCAGUGGCCUCCACAGAUCCACAGAGGACACUCAGGCCUUGUUCCCUUGCCUAUACCUGCCCUGGAUGGCUCCCCAACCCAAGCAAUAAAUCACCAGCGAGCGUUUAUUUUCUAAGCGCCAGCCUCCUCCCUUGUCCAUGCAGUGGGCACCAGGGUGAGAGGACCAAAGAAUCAGGGUAUUGUGCAAACCCAGUGUCCCCUGAGAGCUUCUGAUUGUUCUGUUCAGGGGCUGGGGACAAAAGUGUAGAGAGAAGAGCCAGAGGGCUGGUGUGGGGGGGUCUCAGACCUGCAAAAACUCAUCCUCUCUGGACCUGCAGCCAGGUAAGCUCCAGAGGCCUAAGACCAGGGCCUUCCCCAGGGCCCAGGUUGGCCUGGUCAGCUCAGGCUGAAAGUCCGGAGAGGGUGGUGAGGAUUUGAACACAGGUUCAAAUCCUAGGCCAGCGUUGCCCAGGGCAAGUCACGUCACUGUGAGCCCUCUCAGCUGCAGAGAGGAGAGAAUAAAUUCGCACCAUGAUGUUUUAAAGGGCACUUUUUUUUUUUUUUUUUGUAGAGACAGAGUCUCAUUUUAUGGCCCUCGGUAGAGUGCCAUGGCAUCACACAGCUCACAGCAACCUCCAACUCCUGGGCUUAAGCGAUUCUCUUGCCUCAGCCUCCCAAGUAGCUGGGACUACAGGCGCCCGCCACAACACCCAGCUAUUUUUUGGUUUCAGUUCAGCCGGGGCCGGGUUUGAACCCACCACCCUCGGUAUAUGGGGCCAGCGCCCUACCGACUGAGCCACAGGCGCUGCCCCCUCACACCAUGAUGUUUUAAGAUGAUAGGGAAACAA